UCUAGUCUCUGGUAGCAGUAGGUAAUGUUUGAUCUGUCAAAAAAUGUCUUUUUGACGUGAUUUGCCGAUAAAAUUAUUUGGAUAGUUCAUUUUUAUAAACAUGGGAGGUUCUCAAAGCACUCGAAAAGUUACUGUUGAUAAUGAAAAUGCUAUCCAAGUGUCUCAGGAAGCUUUAGACCGGAUACAAUCUCAGCUCACGGCAAAACAAGCUGAAUCAAGACCCCCACCUGUACAAUCUUACACACCGCCUGCGUAUGAGUACCGACGUCAGCACGAAUACGCUGCUGAGGAGGCCUACUGGGCACACCGCAUUGAAAACCUAAAGAGGGCACAUGAAAAAAUAAACAGCGGAAUGCAUUUGGAAUAUCAAAAGACAAUGAAGGAAGCUACUGAAUUAUUUAAUAUGGUUGAAGGAGACAAAGUAGCCUCUAAACUGCCACCCUGCCAAGAGGAGAAGGCUAAGGUUCUCCAGUGCUACAGUACAAAUCCAAACAAAUCACUUCUGUGUUCAGUGUUAGUGAAUGAAUUCAAUGACUGUGUGUGCAAGAGCAGAGUUGCAGCCGUGACGGCCACAUCUUAACAGCCAUACUUAUGUAAAUAAUCAUUAUAGUAAAUGUUUCUGUCGACACCAAGCAAUACAGACCUCAAAGGUUGCAUUCGGCCGUGGAGUAGUUUUAAUAUUAAUGCUGUAUCAAUAAACUGUUAUUAAUUUA